AUGAUUCGUUUAUCUAAUGAGCCGUCACUUUCUAAUUAUGUCUUCCAUGCUGGUGAGGCUUCCGUUUUGGGCUUAAGAUGGGACGCACUGGAGGAUCAGUUAUUCUUUCGCGUCGAUUUAUGUCAAAGAGUAGAAAUUCCAACGAAGCGCCGUGUACUCAGCGAGGUGGCACGACUCUUCGAUCCUACUGGAUUCUUAUCGCCUGUUAUCGUAACAGGGAAAAUAUUCAUUCAGCGACUAUGGUCUGCGGGUCUAUCCUGGGACUCACCAUUACCUGAUGAUCUUUGCCGCGAAUGGCUGAAGUAUCGGUCACAGCUUCCGGAGCUCAAUCAAAUUCGUAUCGAACGGUGGAUGGGAAUGAUUCCACGCGUUCAGACAUCAUUUCAUGGGUUUUGCGAUGCCAGCUCACAUGCUUAUGCAGCAGUUAUUUACGCGAAGACAUCGAACACGAACGGUGCGAUGCGUUUCACACUUCUAACGGCACGUACCAAAGUGGCACCCCUUAAAAUCGCUACCAUUCCACGCCUGAAACUUGCGGCAGCGCUGCUUCUUGCCGAGACAUUCCAGAACGUGCGAGAUUCUUUGGGAUUAGUUGACGUUCCCUACCAUCUGUGGUCGGACUCAGCAAUCGUAUUGUGUUGGCUCAGGAAGGAUCCAGCAACACUUAAACAAUUUAUAUCAAAUCGGGUUCGUAGAAUACAGGAGCUGACAUCCCCCGCCCGAUGGCAUCACAUUCGUUCGGCUCAUAACCCAGCUGAUUGUGCCAGUAGAGGUAUCACACCCGCCGAGCUAUUAGUACAUCCCCUUUGGUGGCAUGGACCUAAGGAGGCAGAGAUGAUGUAUGGGGACAGUAGUGAUGUUCCCCUCAGCAAGGAUGAGUCAAAUGUCUUACUCGCCGAAAACCGAAAUACAACCAAAUUUAUUGUACUCAUUUCACAUCCGGUGUAUACUCGUCGUCCAAACGGACACGCUAUUUUGUUAACUGAACGGUUCAGUAGCAUCACUCGAUUGUUGGGUACAUUGGCCAUUAUACUGCGCUGGUUAAGAAGGCGUCGACACUAUCGUCAACCGGUGAUCGUUGCUCAGGAGUUGGAAGACGCAUUAUACACUAUAAUCCGUUUAGAGCAAGAGGAACAUUUUGCAAAUGAAAUUCAACAAUUGACGUCUCGUUCAGGUUUGUCAUCUUCCAGUCGGAUAAUACCUUUAAACCCAUUUCUAGACAAGAACCAAAUCCUCCGUGUGCGGGGACGCAUCCAACAGGCCGAACUAGGGCAUGAUCAGCGAUUCCCGAUUAUUUUUCCAAAGUCAACGCCGUUGGUCAAGCUUUUACUAAAUCAGGCGCAUGAGAUUACACUGCAUGGAGGCACGCAACUCAUGCUGAACACUCUUCGUCAACGCUUCUGGAUUCUGAGUGCCAGGCAAGCAGUCAAGAGUUUCAUCCAUAACUGCACAGUAUGCCGUCGUCAGAGAGGGGAAGUCCUGAAGCAACAAAUGGCUUCCUUACCCGGGCAGAGGAUCAGAGCAGCAAGGCCGUUCAUAUCAUCUGGUGUCGAUUACUGUGGACCUUUUACGCUACGCAUCGGAACGAAACGCUCUCGAACGCACAUCAAGACGUACCUCGCAAUAUUCGUAUGCAUGGUUACCAAGGCCGUGCACAUUGAGGUGGUUGAUGACCUAUCGGCACAGGCCUUUCUAGAUACUUUUACUCGUUUCGUCAGCCGACGCGGUCCCUGCCGGGAUUUAUAUAGUGACAAUGGUACAGCCUUUGUUGGUGCCAACCGACUUUUGAAGGAAGAUCAUGCAGCAUGGCAGGGUGAGAAUAAUCAGCGAUCGUUAGCAGAUUCGGGCACACGUUGGCAUUUCAUCACACCCAGUGCGCCACAUCAAGGAGGCCUCUGGGAGGCUGCUGUGAAGUCCCUAAGCAUCAUUUGA